AUUCGUAUCAUUGAAGCUCCAUUUCUCUCAGUCCCGACCAUUCGCCCAGCCACCAAUCCGCGAAAACUCUUUGCGACUUCACUUGAAACCUCUCCCGCCGACUGUAUUCCCUCGACUAUUCUCCAUGUCCUACACAGCUGGUACUCGCCAGAUUUCACCCCACGGUCCCCUCUCAUAAAACUCUCCUUCAACACCUAUCAAUGGCGCCUCCUCCCUCGUCUCAGUCGUCAAACUCGAACGUCUCUCGACCAGCUGCGCUGCAUCGACCGAAGGCGCCGAACGCUGUACUCGCUGAAGCAGAGCUACAAUGGAUAUACACCGAAGAGGAGUUACUACACACUCCGUCGAUUGUCGACGGGAUGAGUGCUGAGCAGGAGCGUGAAAUGCGAUCUAAAGGUAUCAACUUCAUUGGACAGGUCGGGGUCAUGCUGAAGCUAUCCCAAAUGACCCUGACCACUGCCGCCGUCUACUUUAACAGAUUUCUGAUGCGGAGGUCGCUGGUGAACAAGAAAGAAGGAGCAAAGGCCUUACACCACUAUCAAAUCGCCGCCGUAUGCAUCUUCCUGGCCACCAAAGUGGAAGAGACUUGCCGUAAGAUGAAGGAAAUCGUCGUUGUCAUUUGCCGUGUUGCCCAGAAGAACCCGAAUUUGAUCGUAGAUGAGCAGACCAAAGACUAUUGGAGGUGGCGCGAUACGAUACUCAUGAACGAGGAUCAUCUUCUUGAGGCAAUCGCCUUCGAUCUCACGAUCGAUAAACCGCAUAAGCUAAUGUUCGACAUGUUACAGUACUACCGCGAGUCACACAACAAGGAGCUAAGGAAUAGCGCAUGGACCUUUAUUAAUGACAGCGCUCACACACAGCUCUGCAUUCUGUUCCCAGCGCGCACGAUAGCUGCAGCUGCUGUAUAUUGUGGAGCCAAGUAUUGCCGCGUCGACUUGCCCGACGAAGGUGGCAAGCCGUGGUGGGAAGUGCAGCAUGUGUCGUUGCGCGAAAUUCGCAGAGCUUGCAACUAUAUGGCAGGGAUAUACGAGAAGACGCCCGUGAAGGAAGGGGUCGAGAAUAUAUACACACCCGAGAGUGUCGACAUGGAGCGAGAAGGCAGCAGCCAGAGCGUGAAACGUGCGCGAGAAGACGACGAAGUGCAAAAUGGAGAUGCCGAACACAGCAAACCGGGAGACAAAGAAGCCGCAAACGGAAAGGAGGAGGCCGGACAUCAAUCUAAGAAGGUCAAGACGGGAACGAACGGGGUGGGGAGCGGCGCAUCAGCCACCAAAGAGGACGAGGAGGUGGCCUCUGAGGAAGGUGAGGUCGAAGAGUAAAUCCGGAGCACAGCAAUAUUUUCGAAUCUUCUAUCGCUGGAGUCCACUCAUGCAGGCAUAACGGCGUUUCAGCGUCGUCGACAUCUUUUUAAGAUACCAAGGGACCAGGCGUUUUGAACAAACUCGUUGGGUACGCGAGUUACAUUUGCAGGCGUUCCUCUGUUCAUGUCCUUGGAGCUAUUAUGCUCUGGACGAGACGCCCCUUGCUAUACAUUCCACGACAAAGGCAUGUAGUAUAGCAGUCAGGUCCAAUAGAAAGCACCUUGACAUGACUUGGCAUG